UCGCAACUAUACUACCAAAAAUAUUGACAACGACUGAAUUAUUAAAUUUCAUUCACCUAUUAGAAAUGAUAUUUAGAAUUUAUUAAUCUUGAAAAUAACGUAUAAAUAUUAAUUCAUCCAACAUUGUUACAUAUCAACAUUUCCAAAAUCAUGUAUUAAUUUUUCUCAUGAAUAUUCAGAUAUUGUGAUAUAUCGCUUUGUUCGGGGAACGAACCCGUGAAAAACAACAGCUUUUCAAGAUCUAGAGUGAGUUUGUCACGUUCAAAGAAAAAAAUGAAUAAUUGCUAACGAAAAAUUUAUUCUGUUUACGGAAGUUAUACACUUAAGUGGUUUUUCGCCUGUAAAUUUUUCCCUACUGUUUUUUGAUGAACUUUUCACGAGAUUAAUUUUUCGUGACUAAUUGGCCUACUGUAAGAACUCGAUAUCAACUCAUAUUGAAAUGAUGGAAAAUUCUAAAAUGGGCACAACUAGUGAAGAUUUUGCAGAAACAAGGGAUAGUAAGGAAGAGUUUAGCGAUCUAAUUACUUUUGAAAGCAGCAAAUUGGUUAAUUCUGACCCUUUGGGUGAUGCCUUAUUAUCUGAUCCAAAUCAAUGCAGAAUGUGCGGAAAUUCUCUUGUGGUGCCUCGCAUGUUAUAUUGCUUACAUGGCUUUUGUGAAGAAUGUUUGGACAAAAAACUUGUCAGUGAGGGUGGUGAUGCUGGAACUCCUGAUACUUCCAUUAUAUGUCCAACUUGUCAUCACAAUUCUAAGGUUGGCACCAAAAAGUUGAAUGCUCUGCCGUUGGAUGUCACGAAAACUAACAUUUCUGAUGUAUCAAGUUCAACAAUUUUGCAUUGCACCUCUUGCACGGCCAAAGAAGUGGCCAAAUCAAGAUGUAACACUUGUCAUAAUCUACUAUGCUCAAACUGUGAUACUGCGCAUCACUACAUGCGAUGCUUUGAAUCUCACAAGGUGGUGAGUUUGGAUGAGAUGAAGAAAGAAGGCAUGAAAAUAACAAUUCAUACCCCACUUGUUUGCGAGUUGCACAAAGGUGAAAAUAUUAUUUUCUAUUGCAACACUUGCCUGGUAACUGCAUGUUCAGAUUGUUUAAAAUGUGAGCAUAAACCUCCAACUCAUAUUUGCGAACCUAUUUUGGACUCGGAACUUAAAGUACGCCAAGAAAUUCAAUGUUUACUAGACGAAAGCAAAGCUAAAGUUGAAGUUUUGCUUCAAGCUUCUAAUGGUUUGAAUAAUAGUUUAGAGGAGUUGGCGCAUCAACACUCAACAGCCAAAGAUUUAAUAAAUGAGUCAUAUCAGAGCUACAAAGCAGUGCUUGAAAAGUGCCGAGAUGAUGCUUUAGAAAAUCUCAAAUCUUUACAUCGUGAACGUGAAUUGAAGAUCAUGAUGGAAAAUGAUCGGGUAGGAAAAACAAUUGAAAAUUUUGAUGAUGCCUGUAAAUUUACCAGCCACCUCUUGGAAGAUGCAACGGCUACUGAACUAAUGUAUUUGAGGAAAGUGGUUGUUAAUCGUCUAACAGACUUGAAUAAGAGUAGCCCUAAGUUAGGAAAGGUUUACAGUAUCGAGUUCCAAACAGAUUUCAAUAAUUUUGAAAGGGUGAUCAAAGAUAACUUUGGAAGAUUCCUUACUGAAAAAAAUGAAAAUUCAUCAAAACAAUCUAGUCCUCUACCAAUGAUACCACAAGGUUUACCCCCUCUGACCAUAAACGGUUUGAAUACUGCUUCCGGUCUUAGUAACGGAUGUGCAACAUCUCUUUCGAACAGUAGCCCUAUUUCGCUACCAAUGUCUAUGCAGUCAUCUUUUGAUGGAGACUUAAGCAAUAAUUUGCAGAACUUUACUAUUACUCAAAGCCCACCACUACCACCGCCUGUAAAUCCUGCAACUCUACAAGGUUUUUCUAGCAUUGCUGAGUACAACUUGACACAGUUGGCUACUUUGGCAGAAACAAGCACCAGCAACAAUACAUCUCCUUCACCUCAAUUCAGUUUGGUAGAACUAUUGAAUAACGACACUGCUUGCAAGAACCUUGCAUCGUUGGCAAAGCUUGGUUUGAAUAAUGAUACUGUUCCGAAUGGAAAUUUGUUGGUCCGUUCAACAUCAACAGCUUCGUUAAAUCUGAGUAAUAACAUGAUGAACGGUUUUGGUGGUGUGUCCACCUCUACUUCUCCUUUAUUAUCAACUCCUGAUGAUAUAGUUACAGAUCCCUUGGCCAGCAUCCUUCCCUCUACCAGUAAUAAUUCCUCAACCACCAUUACCCGUUCAAAUAAAGUCAGCCCAAUGCAGAUACGGUGGAAGUUUGGACAGUUGGGUCCUAGCAAGGCACAGUUUAAUUCUCCUCAUGGUUUUUGCUUAGGUUUGGAGGAAGAUAUCAUAGUGGCAGAUACAAACAAUCAUCGCAUACAGGUAUUCGAAAAAUCUGGACAAUUCAAGUUUCAGUUUGGAAUACCUGGAAAAGAAGAAGGUCAGUUAUGGUACCCCAGAAAAGUAGCAGUUAUGAGGUCCAGCGGCAAGUAUGUAGUCUGUGACAGGGGGAACGAACGAUCACGCAUGCAGAUCUUCACUAAGAUUGGACACUUUUUGAAAAAAAUUGCUAUCCGUUACAUAGAUAUUGUUGCCGGAUUGGCAGUUUCCAGCAACGGAGAAAUAGUUGCAGUGGACAGCGUUAGUCCUACUGUCUUCAUUAUCGGAGAAAGUGGAGAAUUAUUACGUUGGUUUGAUUGCAGUGACUAUAUGCGAGAACCGUCAGAUAUUGCUAUUCAUGGUAAAGAGUUUUACGUUUGUGAUUUCAAAGGUCACAAUGUAGUUGUAUUCAACGAAACUGGUCAAUAUCUCAGACGUAUUGGAUGCGAAGGCGUCACCAAUUUCCCCAAUGGCAUUGAUAUAUCUGACGCUGGGGAUGUAUUGAUUGGCGAUUCGCAUGGUAACCGUUUUCACGUGGCUGUAUUUUCACGUGACGGAUCCUUGGUUUCUGAAUUUGAGUGCCCUUAUGUUAAAGUAUCCCGUUGCUGUGGUUUGAAGAUAACAUCUGAAGGAUACGUGGUUACUUUGGCGAAGAAUAAUCACCAUGUUCUGGUUUUGAAUACUCUAUAUAUCAUGUAGAGACCCCAUGCAAGUAGACUUGAUCUCGCACUGUACACAAUGUUGAGAUCCUCGUGCUGUUUGACUGUUGUUACCUGCCUCUUUGAAAAUAUUAGAGCAGUUGAGCUAUGGCUAUUCAGUUUAUUGAAAGAAACUAUUUUUGAUGUGCACAUCUUGUCAGAGUAUGGUCUCAUUAUUCAAAUUGAAUUGAAGCACAAACCAAAAUUAUAUAUUAUGAUGAAGACACUCAUGUUAAGAAUAAUUUUCUUGUAUCCAUUAUAUGUAUCAUGAUACAAUUAUUCUGUUAGUUGUAAAAAAAUAUAUCAUUAGCUCUGUAACCCAGUGCCACCACCAUUACAUAUUGGAUCUUUUAUGUUAUUGUGUGAACUUUUGUUUUCAAUACCUUAUUCUUUAAUCUUUUCAAAAAUUCUCAUUUCUUGCUAAAAUGAGUAAAAACCCUUUUUUUUAUUAAAAUAUUAUCUUUGAUUAUCUUCAUUUUGAAAUAUCCUAGAAUAUUCUUCAGUUGAAUAUGUUUGUGUCUCGAACUACAUAAUUUUUUUUUUCAAGAACACAUUCAACUCUUUUGUAAUUGGUUGCUUAUUUUCCAUCAAAUAUUUGUGGUGUUUAAAAGAUCAUAUCAAAGAUAUUGGAUGAAACUCUCUCCUGUGAAAAUAAAUUAAAAAUUGAACGAUUAGAUAAAUCAGAUUAAACUUCAUCUAAUUCAAGAGUUCACACAGCCAAGAUUUUAAAGUUGAGACAUACUUUCUAUAUUUAUAGUCCAUAUACAAAUACAUACAAUGUCUACAAGGAACAUCAUUUUUCAUAUUAUAUAUGUAUUGUAUUUAGCUGUGCGCACUGUUACUUUUAAUUUGUGUUUUAACUUAUCAUUUUGAAUAAUGUAUAUUCUACUACUUACUAUAUCCUUGCAGUCAUGCUUUUUGUUCAAAAAAUUUGGUUAUUCAGGGUUGCAAGGGCUUAAACUAAGUUCAUAUUUUGGAACUGUUUUUAUUCAUCGUACUGAAGGUUGUAUUUAAUUUGUAAGUUAUAUUCUUGGAUUUUGAAUAAAUUAAUUGCAGGAAA